CCGGCCUCAGGCCGCAACUCUCCGUGUGGCGGCAGCUCCGCCGCGGCGCUCAGAAAAUUUCCCCCCGCCGCGCAUUAUUAUCGAUGACUCUUCUCUCAGUUGCUUGCAGGUGUCUUUCCGGUCGAUUACUCUCUCCUCUGCGCUCGUCUAUUCCCAGUAGGGGCAUUUCUUCUUAAACUCUCUAUCCCAUAUCCCCGAUCGCACGACCCAGAUUCUUCGCGACCAUGUCCGCCGACGAGCAGAAGACCGUCGCCCCCAACGCCGAGGCCGAGAAGGAUGUCCAGAGCGUCCUGGCCGAGCUGAAGGGCGAGAACGAAGCGCCUGCCAACGGUGCCACCAAGGAGGAUGCCGAGGAGGCCCGCAUCGUCGAAGCCGCCGCUAAGCUGGGCCAGCAGUCCGCGCAGGCCGAGGAGAAGAAGGAGAUCAAGACACAGCAAGAACGGGAGUCCCGUCACGACAACCGGGGUCGCGGGGGCCGCUUCAACCGCCGCAACAACUCCAAGUUCGAUCCCUCCUCGCAGGAGGUGACGGACGACCCGGUCCAGAUCCGCAAGCAGGUCGAGUUCUACUUCUCCGACUCCAACCUGCCCAUGGACAAGUUCCUGUUCUCCAAGGUGGGCGGUAGCACCAACCGCUCCGUUCCCCUCGAGCUCCUGCACUCGUUCAAGCGCAUGCGCCACUUCCAGCCCUUCAGCGCCAUCGUCGAGGCCCUCAAGACCUCCGAGACCCUGGAGCUGACCGACAACGAGACCGGCGUGCGCCGCAAGACCCCCCUCCCCGAGAGCGUCACCGAGACCCACGACCACAGCGUCGUCAAGGUCUUCGAGGACCAGGCUAUGAGCCGUAGCGUCUACGCCAAGGGAUUCGGCGAGGAGGAGCCCACCACCCAGCUCGACAUCGAGGCGUUCUUCGCCCCCCACGGACCCGUCAACGCCAUCCGUCUUCGUCGCACCUAUGACAAGAUCUUCAAGGGCAGCGUGUUCGUUGAGUUCGAGUCGGAGGAGAAGCAGAAGGCCUUCCUGGCUCUGGACCCCAAGCCCCAGUGGAAGGGACAGGAUCUGCUCAUCAAGAGCAAGAAGGAAUACUGUGAGGAGAAGGUGAAGGACAUCGAGGCCGGUCGCGUCAAGGCCAGCGGCGGUGGCCGUGGUGGUCGUGGUGGCCGUGGUGGUAACUUCCGUGGCCGUGGUCGUGGCCGUGGCGGAAACCGUGGCGGUAACGACAACCGCGACUGGAGGGAGCGUCGCGCUGCUGACCAGCAGAACGGAUUCAGCCGCAGCGAGCAGCCCAAGGAGGAGCGUCGUGAAGUCCAGAAGGACUCUCGCGGCGUCCCCAUCGUCCAGAGCACCACCGACGACUCGACGUCCGGCCAGAAGCGCGCCCGUGACGACGAGGCCGGCGCCAACGGCGACCACCCCUCCAAGAAGGUGGACUCGAAGGAGUAAAUCCUCAAAUCCAACCAACCAACCAACUAACCAACUCCUCAAAACCUCCUUCAGAAAAAGUUGUGUCUAAUCAAUCAACUCAUUGUUUGCUUCUUUGCUUCGGAAAGGGAAUGGAUAGGAUGGGAUUUUUUAAAAAAAAGCAUGGCCUGGCUCGAUUACACCUCACUGACUAAACUUGAAAGAAGACCAUACGUAUCAUAAUGGCGUUGUAUAUUGCUGAUCUGAAUUUUUUUUUUUCUUUUUCUUUUUGCUCUUUCAUGAUAUGGGUCUAUUUCAGAUUUAGAUUCUACGAAU